AUGAGAUUAGAAAAGAUGAAUGGUAUCGUCUCUGCCGGAUUUCUUCCAUUAUUUUGGUUUUUACUACUCAUCGCCACUUCUAUCAAGAUCAGAACGCUAAUAUAUAAUUUAAUCGUCUUGCAGGCAAUGACACCAACGCCUUUCCGAUUUGUGAUAUUUACCAUCAAUUAUUGCUGUAUCGUUUUAUCCUUUGUAUUAUCCCUUUUCUCCGAUCUUGAUGCUUAUGAAUCACGCAAAUUUAGAGAAGCUAACAGGAAUCAUCAACCAUGCCCCGAAGCUACAGCCUCAAUCUUAUCGCGCUUAACAUUUUGGUGGAUGACUAGCUUGAUCACCAGUGGAUAUAAAAAACCGCUAGUUGCACAAAAUUUAUCGUCUUUAAACGAAUGCGAUAUGUCAAAGAUACUUGGACCUCGCUUUCAACACGAAUGGGAAAAAGGAGCAAACAAAAACUCUAAAAGAGGAAAGUGGUCAUUAGCUAUAGCGUUAUUUCGAACUGCUGGUCGUCCAUUUAUAAUAGGCGGUCUACUCAAAUUUGUGAAUGAUCUUUUGGCAUUUUUAAGCCCUCAGCUACUUCGACUACUGAUUAAUUUUUCAAGUGAUAAAAGUCAGCCAAUAUGGCUGGGUUUAGUUCUCGCUGUAUCAAUGUUUCUCCUAGCGGUUGUUCGCUCAUUAAUAUUACAGCAAUAUUUUCACCGUUGUUUUGGCGCUGGCAUGAAAUUAAAAACUGCUGUAACUUGGGCUGUUUACAGAAAAGCUCUUAUAUUAUCAAGUCACUCCCGUCAAAAGUUGACCACUGGAGAAAUUGUCAAUUUAAUGUCUGUCGACGCUCAGCAAUUUAUCGACUUAACGCCUUUCCUCCACAGCAUUUGGUGUUCACCUAUACAAAUUGCUAUUGCCAUCUACUUCUUAUAUCAAAUUAUGGGACCAUCAGUUUUCGCUGGGUUGGCUGUCCUUAUUCUUAUUGUUCCAUUAAAUGCUAUCACUUCAGCUAAAAUACAGAAAUUACAGGAAAAACAAAUGAUUAACAAAGACGACCGAAUCAGAUUAAUGAGUGAAAUUUUAAAUGGUAUAAAGGUGUUAAAACUGUACGCCUGGGAGCAGUCGUUCAUAAAAAGGGUUUUAAAUAUUAGAGAUAAAGAACUACAAAUUUUACGUCGUUAUGGUUUCUUAUACUCAACAUUAGAGUGUAGUUGGUCUGCAACCGGGUUCCUAGUUGGACUGGCAACAUUUGGGACUUAUGUUUUAACAGGACAAGAAUUACUAGCAAGUCGAGCGUUUGUUGCACUAUCGUUAUUUAGCAUACUUCGUUUUGCAGUAGGGGUACUGCCGUUGGUAGUUAUUUCUCUAGUACAGGCCAGAGUCUCAAUCAACAGAUUAUAUGACUUUUUAAUAAGUGAUGAACUCGAUCCCGGUAGCGUGCAGCAAGAUAUGCCUCCUAACUAUGGCGACAGUACUAUUGUAAUUAAGAACGGUACGUUUUCUUGGAGUCCUGAAGACUGUAAAGGAGCACUGCGCAAAAUUAAUUUCCAGAUUGAUCGUGGUUCGCUGACAGCUAUUGUUGGCCAUGUAGGGAGUGGAAAAUCGUCUUUAUUAUCUGCCAUAUUGGGUGAAAUGGAAAAAAAAGAUGGAAACGUGUUUGUCAAUGGAUCGAUUGCAUAUGUGCCUCAACUAGCAUGGAUACUAAAUGACACCGUUAAGAAUAACAUACUUUAUGGAACUUCUUUUAAUAAAAAUGAAUAUCGUAAAGUAAUAGAAAUUUGUGCUCUAAAGCCUGAUUUAGAGAUUUUACCAGGGGCGGACGAGACAGAAAUUGGAGAGAAAGGAAUUAAUUUAAGUGGCGGACAGAAACAACGUAUAAGUAUCGCUAGAGCUGUUUAUGCCAAACGCGAUAUUUAUUUACUUGAUGAUCCGCUAAGCGCAGUUGAUGCUCAUGUUGGUAAACAUUUAUUUAAAGAAGUAAUUGGGCCGCAAGGACGCCUUCGAGAUAAAACAAGGAUUUUGGUAACUCAUAAUCUCCGCUUCCUGUCGAAAGUAGAUAAAAUUAUCAUGCUAGAGGAUGGUGAAAUAAUUGAGACGGGUACCUAUUCAGAAUUAAUGUAUAGACGAGGAGCAUUUUCAGACUUGAUACAAGCUUACGCUAAUACUGCGGAAAAUGAUAGAGAUAACAUCAUUGAAGAGAUCAAUAUCGAGCCAAGACAGUUAGCUGUCGUAUCGCCAGCUCACGGUGCUCAACUUGUUGAAGAUGAAAGCAUAGAAGUGGGAAGGGUCAAAUAUUCUGUAUAUACAUCGUAUAUCAAAUCUUUUGGUUGGAAAUUCGUUAUAAUGUAUUUACUCUUUGAAGCUGGAGAUAAAGGAUGCAUGGCAGGAGUAGACGCCUGGCUAGCGUUAUGGAGCUCGGCUAAAAACUCUUCCGUACCUGAAAUACGAGACUUUUACCUCGGUAUUUAUGGUGCAAUUGGAGGAAUACUGAUCUUUAUCUCCUUGCUAAGCACAAUUGUCAUCUUACUCGCCGGUAUAAAAGCAUCAAGGCAACUUCACAAUAAUCUACUAGACAAUGUACUUCGCUUGCCUAUGUCAUUUUUUGACACGAACCCUAUGGGCCGCGUCUUAAACCGAUUUUCUAAGGAUAUCAAUACAAUAGAUGAAGUUAUUCCAGUAACCAUUGACGGUUUUAUGGCUCAGUGCUAUGUUGUCGCCUUAAUUUUGGUUGUUGUUAGUGCAUCGACUCCUUACUUUCUCACUGUCAUUUUGCCUCUAUUUUUGCUAUAUUACUUUAUUCAGCGCUUUUAUAUAGCAACUUCACGUCAACUACGACGACUGGAAUCAGUUUCGCGAUCGCCUAUAUACUCGUUCUUUACUGAGAGUUUACAAGGAAUGAGCGUCUUAAGAGCAUACAAUAGUCAGAAUAGAUUUGUAAAAGAGUGUGACACUAAAAUUGAUGAAAAUCAAAUGGCAUAUUAUUUAUAUAUUUCAUCAAAUAGAUGGUUAUCAAUUAGGCUUGAGUUUAUCGGCAACUUAGUAGUAUUGUUCGCUUCGCUACUGGUAGUACUGGGUCGUGAAACUCUCCCAACAGGAAUUGUAGGACUUUCCAUCACAUAUGCUUUGCAGAUGACUGAUGAACUAAAUUGGAUGGUAAGACAAAGUAGUGACUUAGAGACAAACAUCGUUGCAGUAGAGCGUGUUAAAGAAUAUAGUGAGAUAACGAAAGAGGCAUCUUGGUACGUUGACGAAGAAAAUUUAAGCUCGGAUUGGCCAAGUCAUGGAGAUAUUACCUUUAAUAAUUUUAAAGUUAGAUAUCGCGCCGAUCUCGAUCUCGUUCUGAAGGGAAUCAGCUGUAAUAUUCGGCCCACUGAAAAGGUUGGCAUUAUUGGUCGGACUGGUUCUGGUAAAACCUCUUUAGUUAUGGCUUUAUUCCGUAUAAUUGAAGCUGCUGAAGGUAGUAUUACCAUAGAUGGCGUAGAUAUUGCCAAGAUUGGUUUACACACAUUACGUUCAAAGUUAAGCAUUAUACCUCAGGAUCCGGUGUUAUUUUGUGGUACACUAAGAAAUAAUUUGGAUCCGUUCGAGAAACACUCAGAUGACGAGUUGUGGCUUGCUCUAGAAAAUGCUCACUUAAAGACAUUCGUCUCAGGGCUAGAUGAACGAUUAGAACAUAAAAUCAGUGAAGGAGGAGAGAAUUUAAGCGUUGGCCAACGGCAACUUAUAUGUUUAGCGCGGGCGUUGUUACGCCACAAUAAGAUUAUUAUUUUGGAUGAGGCCACAGCAGCUGUAGAUAUGGAGACAGAUAACUUAAUCCAAGGAACUAUUCGCAAUCAGUUCAAAGAUUGCACAAUUUUGACAAUUGCGCAUCGCUUGAAUACUAUUAUGGACAGUGAUAAAAUCAUGGUUAUCGAUGCAGGAAAAAUUGCAGAAUUUGAUUCUCCAUCGCGGUUGUUAUCUAGGGAAAAUAGCAUCUUCUUAUCGAUGGCAAAAGAGGCUAAUCUUAUUGAAACCGGAUAA